AUGUCGAGUUUGCCCCAUUAUCUGUCUAUGAACUCUGCAUUCGGUGGUCCUACUGCUAUUUCUCAUUCUUCCGUUGCUAACUCUCAAUCUUCCGCCGGUAACAGGGAUCGUAGCAUGGCUUCUUCCGAACAACUUGUUCUCGAACUCAGCAACCCAGAGCUUCGUGAAAAUGCUCUUCUCGAACUCUCUAAGAAGAGAGAGCAAUUUCAAGAUCUUGCUCCCUUGCUAUGGAAUUCAUUUGGUACUAUUGCAGCACUUUUGCAGGAAAUAGUGUCAAUAUACCCAGUGCUAUCACCGCCCAAUCUCACUCCCGCACAAUCAAAUCGAGUAUGCAAUGCACUUGCUCUUCUUCAGUGCGUUGCGUCUCACCCGGAUACAAGAAUGCUAUUCCUCAACGCUCAUAUUCCAUUGUAUCUGUAUCCCUUCCUGAAUACCACAAGUAAGUCAAGACCUUUUGAGUACUUGAGGCUUACUAGUCUUGGUGUCAUCGGUGCGUUAGUGAAGGUUGAUGAUACCGAGGUUAUUAGCUUUCUGCUUUCUACUGAAAUAAUUCCUCUGUGCCUGCGCACGAUGGAAAUGGGGAGUGAGCUCUCCAAAACAGUUGCAACAUUUAUUGUUCAAAAGAUUCUGUUGGAUGACGUGGGUUUGGACUAUAUCUGUACUACUGCUGAGCGUUUUUUUGCAGUAGGUCGAGUUCUUGGAAACAUGGUGGCAGCUCUUGCUGAGCAACCAUCAUCUCGUCUGUUGAAGCAUAUUAUUCGAUGCUAUCUUCGCCUGUCAGAUAACGCAAGGGCCUGUGAUGCACUAAGAAGCUGUCUUCCAGACAUGUUAAGAGACGCUACUUUCAGCAGCUGCCUUCGUGAGGACCCUACAACUAGGAAGUGGCUGCAACAAUUGCUGCACAAUGUUGGAGGGAAUCGGGUUCCCGCACUGCAAGGCGGAGGAGGUUUUGAUCAUCUAAUGGUGAAUUGA